AGCAGGAGGCGCUCUGGAACCUCUUGGCGGCCCGGGCCCAACGCUCCCCUUUCCUGCACGAAUGGCGGCAGCCGGUUGUGGGGCUGGGCUCGGGACCGCCACAGGGCUGGAGGCGGCGACGCUGCAGAAGCUGGCGCUUCGGCGGAAGAAGGUGCUGGGAACUGAGGAGAUGGAGCUGUACGAGCUUGCGCAGGCUGCUGGCGCCACCAUCGACCCCGAUGUGUUCAAGAUCCUGGUGGACUUGCUGAAUCUGAACGUGGCCCCCCUGGCCGUCUUCCAGAUACUGAAGUCCAUGUGUGCUGGGCAGCGGCUGGCGAGCGAUCCCCAGGACUCGGUAUCCAUGUCCCUGUCCACAUCAGAGAGCCGAGGAAGAAACAGAGGUGGCCCCACUCUUGGCAGUGUACCCAUAGUGGCAGAACGUGGAAGCCGUGAAGGACCCAUCCAGAGGAUGCCACGCCAGCCCAGUGCUACUAGGUUGCCCAAAGUGGCAGGACCUGGGAAAAGUAACUCCCGGAGCAGCACAUAGUCCAGAACAGAGGCUGCACUUGGCAUCACAGUCCAGGCAGAUGCUGCCCACUCUGCACUUCCUUCAUCCUCCUGAGAAGCUGAGCAUCUCCCUGCCACUUCUGGACACUAUUAAAGCACGGAGAUUUAGAGUGAA